AUGUCCCACAAAGAAAAUAACUACAUGGAAAAGGACGUCAGUCCGGGGGAUAGUGAGGUUUCGGCAGCGUCUUCAGUCACGUCAAAGGCUGAAAGUGGGCCCGUCAAGAAUGUGCAGUUCACUGACGAUAGUCCCAGCGUAUUUUAUCGUCAUGAUGACAAUCUGGAAUCGGCAUUGUACUCCACGGACGAAGAAGCCGGUGGAGAGCCUGAUUCGAAUCGGGAAUCACCAGAGAUCAAAAGGCUUCGAAACUCUCUUAAACAUUUCACUAUCGGAAGCAGUGGAUUGAGUACACAAGGGGCCGAGGAAUUUGCAGAAGAAAACCAUUCCAGGGACGAGUUAAGCGAUCAAUUUGACGCUGAGGCCGGUGAGUUUAACAAGAGGCCGUUGAGUGAUACGCCAAUAGUUAGUGGUGUCAAUUCCCCUUCUGCUAUGUCGCCGUUGGUGUUAAGUGACGAAGAAGAAGAUCUCAUGGAAGAAGAGGAGGAGAAGAAUAACGAUAUGAACCCCUCAUCUGCCGAGCUCAGACAGCAUCAAUUGAAGAAGGUGACUGAUGCAAACACUCGAAAGAACAAACAGAUCCCGCCACCAGAUUCCCUCCAUGAGUGGGGCAGUGCAUUCAGUUUUCCAGGACAAGCAAAGCCUAAGCAGAGUGCGAGCGGUGCAGGUGUGACCAUCAAUGAAAAGUUGGUUGUGGUUAUGGUUGGACUCCCUGCUAGAGGCAAAUCUUAUCUCAGUAAGAAGUUAGUUAGAUAUUUGAAUUGGCUCCAAAUUCCUUCCAAGAUCUUUAAUGUUGGCUCUACGCGACGUGCAAAAUCAAAGCUACUGGGUCCUUCAAAUGCUCCAUUACCAGAUGGGCAGCAGGCGAUUCAUGAUGCCAGUUUUUUUUCUCCAAACAAUACAGAGAGUGUUAAGCUGCGUGAGGAGUGGGCCAGAGAAACAUUGGAGCAUUUGCUCGACUACUUGCUGAAUCAUGACGGAUGUGUUGGUGUAUUCGAUGCGACAAAUACCACCGUUAAGCGAAGACAGAUGGUGUUUGAAACAAUCAGGAAGGAUAGUCACGGGAAGCUUAAGGUGCUCUACUUGGAGAGCAUCUGCAAUGAUAAAAGGAUUAUAGAUGACAAUGUGAGGUUGAAAUUGGAUGGCCCCGAUUACAAACAAAUGGAUAGGGCCAAGGCUUUACAGGAUUUCAGAGGUCGCCUUUCCAAUUAUGCGAAUGUGUACGAGACGAUUUCACCCAAAGAAGAGCAGAAUAAAUAUUUCCAGUACAUUCAGAUGAUCGAUGUGGGACGAAAAGUGAUUGCUUGCAACAUCAAAGGGUUUAUUCCCUCGCAGAUCAUCUACUACUUUUUGAAUUUCAAUUUGUCCAAGAGAUUGACGUUUAUUGCCCGUCAUGGCGAGUCUACCGACAAUCUGAGAGGAAGGAUAGGAGGUGAUGCGCCAUUAACGGAGCGGGGAAGACUGUUUGCGAAGGCGUUGGUUAGAUUUAUCGACUUCAAGAAGAAGCAAUUUCGGGAAACGCAGUUGCAUGAAUAUAACGAGAAGCUAGAUGACAAAUAUUACAAAGAUUUUGUGGAAGCAGGCGAAUUACAUACUCCGGAGGAGCCUCAAUUCCAGGUGUUAUCUUCGACAAUGAAACGUUCAGUUCAAACGAUCAAAUACUUUCCCGAGGACCGGUACGCAAUCAAGCAGUUGAGAGCGUUGGAUGAAUUAGGAAGUGGUAGCUUUGAUGGCAUGACCUAUAAAGAGAUUCAGGAUCAAUACCCUGAAGAGUUUGCUGCUAGAUUGGCCGACAAAAUGAGUUAUCGAUACCCAGGUGUAGGUGGUGAAUCUUAUCUGGAUGUCAUCAAUCGGCUGAAGCCUAUCAUCAAUGAGAUGGAAAGGACCACCAAUCAUAUGUUAAUCAUCACACAUAGAGUUGUUUCCAGGAUUUUGCUUGCUUAUUUUCUCAAUUUAAAAAGGGAAGCUGUUGGAGAAUUGGAUGUUCCAUUGCAUGCCGUGUAUGUCUUUGAGUCUCGACCGUUUGGAGUUGAAUGGAAACUAUAUGAGUACAAUGAGUCUAAGGACUGGUUCUACGAGGUAGAUCCGAACAAUAUGGAAAACAGUAAAAAGGUUAGGCAAGUAGGUAUAACCUAUAGGGAACGAAAAUAUUCUGUGGUUCCUACGGCUCCCAAAAGAGCCCUGUCCUCUAUAUCAUCAGCAGGUUCUCAGGGUUCUGUCGGCAGCAUUAGAAGCUCGCUAAAAGAAUUUGCAAGGGCUAAUGGAUUACAGCCCAGUAUUUCCUUAAGAAAUCCUCUAGGUAGAGCCCCAGGAAGUAUUGUUGUAGGAGAUCUUAAGCGUGCUAGAGGUAUUCCCCUGCAGACUUCCUCCAGCUCUACAUCAUCAUUGACACCCGCCAACAAUAAUACCAGUACCCCUACAACUGAAGCUACACAUCGCAGUCCUUUUUCUUAG